GAUCAGUUAAUAAUCAGAAAUGAUUUUGAGACACAUUUAUUGCAUUUAUCUUACUAUAUCUUCACUCUCCACUACCUAAAACUAAAAGAGACCAAGACCUUAAGCUGAAGACGAAGGAAGCAAGAAAGAAACAGAGUAAACAAAAAGAAUGAGAGAAGAGAAGGACAAGCUGGCUCUUGUGUUGGCUGCAAAGUCAAGAUCAUUGCUGUACACUUCGUCACCUGCAACUCCAAGUGUGUUUGCUUCUCCUAUUCACACUCUAGCUUCUGUUCCUUUUUGCUGGGAAGAGCAACCAGGCAAGCCCAAGAACCCUCUUCUUCCUCUUCCUUACCCAAAAUGUCUUGAUCUGCCUCCACGCUUGCUCCUUCCGGGUGAAUUGCCAUUGCCUGAGAGGAAGCAUGGGCUCUUUGGGUUCAUUAGGAAGAAAGGGAGAGGGGACGUUGUCGUCAGGGGUAGUUAUGUCUUUCCGUCGGAGAAGGAGAGAGCAGGUGAGAUCAAUAAUAACAACAACAUGAAAAUCAUGAAGUUUAACAGCUCAGGGAGUUUCCAUGGUGGUGGUGGCUCUCUAAAAGGAUCUCACUUUUGGGGAGGUUUAUGUAAGGGAUUGAAGCAAGCAAUGCCAUGGAAGAAACAGAAGCUGAGAAGAGAGAGUCUUUGAGCAAUAUUGUCAACUGCUUUACAAGACAAACUCUGAUCAUCUUCUUAUCUACGUAUUGAGGAUCAGAAGAGCUACUAAGAGUGUAUGCAAGACUAGUAAUUUCAUCAUAUUGUAAAACUAUCAUCUUUGUGAUGUGUGUGUGUAUAAAUGUAUACUAUAUAUAUAUAUAAUUUCAAGACUCAUGAGCCAUGGCAAACAAAAACUUUCAAGCUUUUCCAUUACAUCUGAUAAAAAGAUGAAAAGAGUGUACAAACACAAAUGCCUGUAUAAAAAGUUCCAGAACAAGAAAAAAAGAUGGAGUCUUGGCUUAUUUCAUUUGCAAAUAGAAAGAGUUAAAGACAAAAA